UACGUUGAAAACGUGUUUUUCAUCAGGUAAUACUAUACGUUAUCGAUGGGUGGCCAAAGAAGGAGAUAAUGACGUAAUUAACCCGGAAAUUGCCAUGCGGCUCCCGUAAAGACAGCCUGCCUGUGCUUCGAUGAUUAACGAUGAAAAAGGAGCACUACUAUGGCUCCCUAGUAGUAGACCCUCCAAAAUUGUGAAGGGUGCGCACUGCUCGCAGUCCAUCCGCAUCCAUCCACGCUUUGCACAUGCAACCCAAGUGCUACGGUUCAAGCCGUGGACACGUGCUAUGUCAAUAAUCCUUUCCCAAAAGCCGUAUCGGUCAAGUUUUUGUUAUUUUUAUUGUUUGUUUUGCACAUUGCAAGGGAUUUAACGAUUGAGCUAAACUUAAAAGUUCUCACCCUGACCAGUCAAUUUAUAUGGGGGCGUCCCCUUACCCUUUGGAAAUUUGAGGACAUGCUGCUUUUCAAAGUGAACUGAACUAAAGAAACUGGCGAAAAGGAGAUGGCUAGCUAGCUCGCUAACUAUAUACAAAAACGUAAGCCCUAUUCUCGCUACAUUCUUCAUAGCUUCUGAAUUCUAAAUUCUGGUAAGCAUCAUCAAGUUAAAUUGAUUGCUAAUUAGUUCAUUAUUCGCACUGCCUAUUUUAACUACAUUUAAUCUGUUCGUUUUUAAAUAGGCAGGUUGAACAACUAUUUGGACCUAGUUAUUUAAACUGGGUGGUUGCCUGUGGUUGCCUGUUUGACCGCAGAGAAGGUUGGCAAGCUAGCUAACCACCCAGACAGUUUUCUGCCAGCAAGUUAGCUUGUUACGGAGCUGAAUGAAUCACUUCUUGCUAGACUAGCAACGUCCUUCGCUUUUUGUUUGUGGUUACAUAGAUUAAUAUUCAUAUUGUCUGUCUACGAUUAUGAGUAGCCUAUGUUAAAGUAGCUUCACCUAGCAGUUACCCGCUCGCUGGUCAGUUAUCGUGACAGGAGAGACGUGGUUUAGGCUACUUGCAGAGCAGGUAGCGGCUAACAUUGGAUAAUGAAUUACAAGGCCCUUCACUCCAUCAUAAUAUUUACGUCCGGUAUGACCAAUAAACCGGGAUAGUUUAUUUAUGACUUGUUCUUGCAUUUCUGUAUUACCACGGUACAAUUUUGAAGUGUACCAAAAAGGUAACUCCGAGCAAUUAAGUUGUUACAGCUACCGUUAGCUGCAGUUUCAUAUUAGCUACUUACAGCUUUAAAAUCACCAUCACCGCCCAAAAUUGAAGAAAAACGGACGGACUGCUUAGGCCCAUUGUGAUAACAUUUGUGCCCUGUAAUCCCAUGGAGGCUGAGCUUUAAUAGGUUUACGGUGACUGUAACACUAGAGCCACACUUUGAGAAUAUAAAUUUAUUUAAAUAUUAUGGAAAAUUCAUGGUUUAUCAUUUCUAGUCAUUGUAUAAGACAUAGGUAAUGUAUGAAAUGUACAAAAACAAAUGCAUGUAUAUUGAUGCUGCUUUUAAUAUAGUGACUGGUGUCAUGUAAAGUAGAGUAAUUCGCAGGGUAGUCGGGCAGAGCUGCGUUAGGCACGGGAGCACAGUUUUUCUACUAACUGUGGUGGCAUUCCGUUUCAAAAUAAACCACAAACGAGCUGUAGCCACAGUAGUCUGACGCGAAUGGCAGGAGAUGUAAUCCAGUUUGAAUACGUGUGACACAAUGUAAUUUAAACCUUACAAUUUCAGUAAACGUAUUCAAACUGGAUUACAUCUCCUGUCAUUCGCGUCAGACUAAAGUUGCUGUUCCUACAGCUCGUUUGUGGCUUAUUUUGAACUACAGUGACUGUUCUGUUGUCAACUUUUAGUUGCUUUUAGAAAAUGAGGGGUAUUUUGUGAACCUUUCAAGCAAGUCGCUGGCACUCACGACGAUUUGACUGUUAUCUUGAAGGAAUACGAUAAGUAAAUAAAAUUCUCAUAUUCGCCUGAAAUAUGAUGCUGACGCUUUAGCUAAUAGUACUGAAUGACACAUGUCAACGUACAAUAUUUGUUGGUGUUUGGUCGCGAACGAUUCAUUCUCGGGAGUAAUGAUUAGUUUUUUUCAGUUGAGUCGCUCAUUUAACUCGUUCGAUUGGCCGAACUGAUCCGCCUACAUCACGCUCAGCUUCCAACCAACGUGUUGUUUAACAUGAUAAUUUAUUGCAUUGUGCAAAAGAAUUUAAAUGACCCGAUGUCGCAGGACAUAACAUUGUAAAACCUAAGGUAAACCCAUCAGCUGCUGAUUGUCUAAACUCGUGUUUUAUGAUUGAACGAAUGGACGAACAUUAUCUCGUUGUGUUUGCUAUAAGAACGGUGUUUUGCAAUGGUUUGCCUCUCAUGGGCCAAGUUAAUCUCUCACGUGAAAGAAUGGCUAUCGACUACACUGAAUGAACGAGACUGGAUCAAGAGAAUUAACCGAAAGAUUCGCUCUCUUCACCGAAGGAGUCAGGAAAAAUGAUUGAAGUUCCCAUCACCAUGUAGUGCCGCUCAAGACAGAUUAGGCGUAGGUACAGCUCUUGCUGUAUUUACGUCGUGCAAGUGUAGCUAUUUAAAUUAGCUGUCCCAUUCGACAUUCCUGGCUAACGCCGUGUCACUGCCUUCUCCCACACGACCCCUCCCCUGAUCGUUGGCAUGGUCUGCAGGCCUGCCAUCAGUUGAGCGAUUAAGCGAUUGAUUUUUGCUUCCCAAGUAUGGUGACUUCUCUUCUUGGUGCCGUCACGUGAUUGGCUCCUCUGUUCCUGCUCUUAGGCUGGUUUUUGACAUCACCAUUGGUUGUCAUUGCAUGGUUUGUUGUAGCAUUUUAUUUAUUUAUUUAUUGCGGUGCGUGCAUAUGUGUUUGGGCAGGGCAGGUAUUUCACACAAACAUAAACACACACUCACGCACAUGCACACAAAGUCAUGUUUUCUUCAGAGCGUCAGUUUGGCCCUUGGUAUAACGUAUAACUGUGUGAUGUGAAGUGGGGAAAAUGGGUCAUUCAUCUGUUCUUUUCUGUUUCCCCACCCCAUAUCUCUCUCUCUCUCUCACUCUCUCACUGCCCCCCCCCCCCCCCCCCGGACCAUCUCCCCAACACGAGGUAGUCUCAUCCUGUCGCACAGGUCUGUGACACUCCAUACCCGGCCAGAUGAAAUGAACAAAGCCCCUCAGCCAAUAGCUGCACCCCCCUCCCCCGGACUCCCUCCGGCCACAUAUCCUCUGGGUCAGCCCCCCAGCGUUGUCUUUGGAACCCCACCACCCCAGAUGAACACAGUGCCCCCACCCCGCCAGUCGUACUACCAGCCCCGCCCUGGUUUGCCUGGCUCCACCCCCCGCCAGCCCGGCAGCACACCCCGGCCUGUGGCACCCACGCACCUCUACCAGGCCGGCACUCCGAUGAUGCUGAUCUCCCAGCAGCAGCUGCCAUUCGCCAAUCCGCAGAGCCCCGCCUACUUCAUUCCACCUGGACAGUGCCGGCCCACAUACGUGACCCCGCCCCAGCAGUACCCCAUGGCCAGUGGAAUCCCUGGAUUCUACCCCGGGACCAGCCCUGCAAAAUAUGCAGGAACGUAUUACCCAGCACAGCCACAGUACCCUCCCACUGUUGCCGCUGCGUCCGUCAUCUUAAGCUCCGCCCAGCCACAGCCCACGCCACAGCUGCAAGUCCAGUCUAUGAGGGGGCGAACGCAGUUUGUCGGUUAGCAAAGCCCUGCCCCCCCUCGUCUGUGGUGCGCUUCUUGGUGGGAGGGAGCGCAUUCCAACACUCCUGCUCAGCCAGGGAGAGAGAGGCCCCCGCAGCCCAGCCAGCCUGAAACUCUGCCCAGCCUGUAGCUCAGGCGGCCGGGCUGGAGCCGUACUCUAGACCCAGGAUGAGAGAGGCCUGCUCCUUUGGGCUGUCUGCUCGCAUGUUUACCCUACUCUCUGCUGCCAGGGCUUUUGCAGCCCAAUGAAUCCGGACCCUCUUCUCUUUUUGCUAUCUCUGUCUCUUCUCUCUGCUUUCCUCCCUCUAUCUCUCGCCUUGCUCUCUUUCACCCUCUCUUGUUCUCUCUCUCUCUCUCUCUCUCUCUCCAUCUCUGUGCGUUCGCCCCACCGUGUAAGGGCUCUGACCCCACAACCUUCUGUCAC